AUGGCCACGACCAUGUCUCUCCACCCACUCAUCGACAAUGGAAUCGUCGAAGGACGCCAGAACUUUGGCGGUGGAGCACUUUACUGUCGUUGCUCUUCGAACAAAGUGGAAAUCUCCCUGAAGAGCAAUGUCGCCCACAACCACGCCUGCGGCUGCUCCAAGUGCUGGAAACCAUCCGGUGCACUCUUCUCCAUCGUUGGCGUUGUGCCACGCGAAAAUCUCUCAGUCACCGCCAACGAAUCCAAGCUCAUUAUCGUCGACGAAUCAGCUGCGAUACAACGCCAUGCCUGUAAGGAUUGCGGUGUGCAUCUUUACGGCCGGAUUGAAAAGGAGCAUCCGUUCAAGGGGCUGGAUUUUGUGCAUAUUGAGCUCUCAAACGAGGAAGGAUGGCAAGAGCCGCAGUUUGCCGGCUUUGUGUCAUCUAUUAUUGAGCAGGGGUUCAACCCCAAGGGUAUAGAUGAUGUACGGGCAAGGUUCAAAGCAGUUGGUUUGGAUACGUACGAUGUUUUGUCACCGCCGCUUAUGGACCUUAUCGCAACCUUCAACGCACAGAAGGCAGGCUUCAGUUUUGCGGCAUCUUGA